CUUUUGGGCAAUUGCGAAGAAACAGAUACUUUUAUUUGCUUCGAACCUUUCUCUUUGCGACAAACAAAACCUACCACCUUAAUUUCUAAGAAAAGUCUCGACAACCAGAAACAACAGACACAAUGGUCAACAUGCGUGCAGUCGAUAUCAAGGAGGGCAAGGGUCCCGCAACCUCCCUCUUCAUCAACGAGAUCGAACGUCCCAAGCCCACGGCCGCUCAAGCCCUCAUCCGCGUCAAAGCCUUCGGUCUCAACCGCAUGGAUCUCCUCCAACGCGAAGGCCAAUACCCCGUUCCUCCCCAAGCACCCAAGACCCUCGGUGUAGAAUUCAGCGGUAUAAUCGAAGAACUCGCUUCUGAGAGCGAGAGUGGUUUCAAGAAGGGUGAUGCUGUGUUUGGUCUGGUGUACGGUGGUGCUUAUGCCGAAUACAUUGUCGUCAGCACGCAUAUGCUUGUGCACAAGCCUGAUGAAUUGAGUUUUGAAGAAUGUGCUGGUAUCCCUGAGACAUGGAUCACCGCCCUCCAAGCAAUGUACAUGGUAGCAGACUACAAACCCAACCAAUCAAUCCUCUGGCACGCCGGCGCCUCCAACGUCUCAAUCGCCGGAAUACAACUCUCAAAAGCCGACUCUGCCUCCAAAAUCUUCGCAACCACCCGUUCAGACGAAAAGAACAAAUUCGUCGUCGAAAAGUUGGGUGCCACCGCCGCUUUCAAUUCCGAAACCCAAGAUUGGGCUGAGGAGGUGCUCAAGGCUACGGAUGGAAAGGGUGUGGAUAUCAUUGUUGAUUUCAUGGGUGCUGGCUUCUUUGCUAGUAACUUGAAGGCUGCGGCCAGGGAUGCGCAUAUUGUUACGCUUGCUGCUUUGACGGGUAUGAAGUUGCCCGCCGAGACGGAUAUGGGUGCUUUCCUGUUCAAGAGAGUCAGACUGGAGGGUUCGACUUUGAGAGCAAGAGAUGAGAAGUACCAGGGCAAGCUCAGAGAUCAGCUUGUCGAGCACGCUCUGCCCAAGUUCAAGGAUGGCACUUUCAAGGCUUACGUCGAGAAGGUCAUGGAUUGGGAGAAGAUUGUCGAGGCUCAUCAGCUCAUGGAAUCUAACAAGACCAAGGGCAAGAUCAUCAUGACUAUCGACUGGUAGAUUGUUGGUUGUUAGGUAAAUCUUUCUCCUGGUAUGCAUACGAAGUUACGUUACGAUCAUGCC